AUGUUGCGCAGUCUAAGUCGCCCCUUUUCCUUGCCACGGGUUAAAAGGAGUCCUCCGGCACGCCGAAUACAUCAAAUCACCACGAAUUUCGUUACCCGCGAUAAAGAAGGCAAUUUGACCACCGAUAGGGUCCCUGUGUUUAUCGGGAAGAACCCCACAGAUGCCUUCGUGAAUAUUGAGACUACUGUUGGACAAUCGUUCCGUGAUAGUAGACCGAAUACCUCAGAAUAUUUCGAGACUCAAGAGCGAUGUAAAAUAUUAUUUUACCACGCCACACAACACUUUGGUUUUGCUGAAUUCGCCGAGAGAACCGGGGUUUCUUUGAAAAGACUAAAGCCGAUCCUUGAUAGCCUAGCGCAUAUGUAA